AUGGCACCCCAAGUCCUCUAUCGUGUUGUCUACAGUACGACCAAUCCAACUCCAUCCCAGAUAAACCGCCUCGUCAUAGAGCCUGCUACCCUUCCACAAUACACACGCCGCCGUGUUCGCGAUUGCGAUUACCCGGCCAUCGUUCCAUCCAGCGAGCCUGGAGCCUGCGUGAGAGGGACCUACGUCAGAGGUCUCACCCGCGAUGACCAAUGGCGCCUCGAUCUCUUUGAAGGCAGCCAGUACGAACGGAUCCGGCUGCGACUACACUUGAGAGAUAGAAAACGAAAUGAGGGAGAAGAGAUGGAGGCAGAGACAUAUGUAUGGGCAGAAGAUACCAGAGGUUUAGAAGACGGAGAGUGGGACUUUGAGGAGUUCAGCAGAGAAAAGAUGGGAAGAUGGAUUGGCAACGAUGAGGAGUAUGAAGGUGAAUUGCGACCUUCUAUUGCAGCUAACGUCAUAACGGUAGAGGUUGAUGAGGCGGUGAGGAAGAAAGAUCCGACGGGUGGGAGAGGUGUGAAUGGCAUAAUUGGAGGCAAGCUGGAGGUCAAGGGUAAGAGCGAGAAGGAGGUACUGGAAAGUGCUGUGUAG